AUGCACGGUCGCGUAAAGGUGCCUCAGACGGCGGAUCCAUCGCAGACGUCCUUCUCAACCGUCAGCCCACCACGUACAUCACGAUCCGGACCACUGUCACCAAAGGCAUUCGGUGCCAAUGCAUCACGUUUCAUUCGCCGUGUCGCAUCUGCUCCCAACGCGAAGGGCCUCUUCUCCUUGGGCUCGCGGUCAGGAUCGCACACACGGAACGGGCUGUUGUCACCAGGAGACAGCCUGCCUCCGAUACCUAACGGGACGCAGGAGUCGGAUCGCGGCACAAACUCACUAGAGACGAUAUCUUCAGCGUCUACAACAUCUGUCAGCGGGAACAAGACGAAGGACAGAGUGUCGAAUGCCAACAUGACAGUAGACGAGCCAGGCAGAGUAGCGUUCCGGAGAACCUAUUCAAGCCAUUCUAUCAAGGUCAAGUCUGUGGAGGUCGGACCGUCCAGUUUUCAGAAGAUUAAGAUGUUGGGCAGGGGCGAUGUAGGGAAGGUGUAUCUUGUGCGGGAAAAGAAGUCCGGAAAGCUCUUCGCGAUGAAGGUCUUGUCAAAAAAGGAGAUGAUUCAGCGGAAGAAAAUCAAACGAGCUUUGACGGAGCAGGAGAUCCUCGCGACAGCGAAUCAUCCAUUUAUCGUCACACUACAUCACUCGUUCCAGUCCGAGCAGUAUUUGUACUUCUGUAUGGAGUACUGCAUGGGUGGGGAAUUCUUCCGCGCGCUACAAUCAAGACCUGGCAAAUGUCUCUCCGAAGAUGCUGCGCGGUUCUAUGCGUCAGAGGUAACUGCUGCUCUCGAGUACCUGCACUUGAUGGGGUUUAUCUACCGAGAUCUCAAGCCAGAAAACAUCCUCCUGCACCAGUCUGGCCACAUCAUGCUUUCCGACUUCGAUCUCGCCAAGCAGUCAAGUGAGCCCGGAGGCCGUCCCGCAACGAUUCACCAGGAAGAGAAUGGGAUUCCUUUGAUUGACACUCGGUCAUGCACCGCUGACUUUAGGACGAACUCUUUCGUUGGCACCGAAGAGUACAUUGCUCCGGAAGUCAUCGAGUCGUCUGGGCAUACAUCCGCUGUCGACUGGUGGACGUUGGGCAUCUUGAUAUAUGAGAUGAUCUACGCAACCACACCGUUCAAGGGAAACGAGCGGAAUGAUACCUUUCAUAACAUUCUGCAUCUUCCCGUGCACUUCCGGGACAGCCCGAAAGUCUCAGCAGCAUGCCGAGAUGUCGUCGUUCGGCUGCUGGACAAACGAGAGUUGACGCGGCUGGGCAGCAAGAGCGGCGCAUCUGAGGUCAAGCAACAUAAAUGGUUCGCCAAGAUAAACUGGGGUCUCCUGCGGAACACCCAGCCUCCGAUCGUGCCGACGGUCUCGAAUGGCGCGGACGCGGUGAACUUUCGGCAGAUGCGCGAGUCGCAUUCCCUGCACCUGGAGAAGCAGCAUUCACGCUCUCCUCAACAUUCUCCCCGGCCACCGUCGCAGAAGCUGUCGCAUGCAAAUCAGCAUUUGCCCGUUAAGGGAGUUGCGGGUUCGAGCGUGCCUGGUACGCCGGGGCUUGGCCCAGACGACGGCAUGGAGCCUCCACCGGAGGACGUGGACCUCUUCACGGGAUUCUCAAGCAUCACGCUGCACUACGACGGCGAGGAGAAUUGGUGA